AUGAGCAAAAGAAGAAACGACGAGGACUCAGAUAUCAACGUUAGCUCUACAGACGAGUCGGACAAUUCCGACGUGGAGUCUCAAAAGGACCAGGACGAGGAGAUGGAAGAGGUGGUGAAUGUUGACUUUGACUACUUUGACUUAAAUCCUGAUGUUGACUUCCAUGCGACAAAAACGUUUCUUCGUCAGCUCUUUGGAGACGAUGCCACUAAAUUUGACAUUUCCUCGUUGGCAGACUUGAUUCUAACGAAAAACUCUGUGGGCACCACGAUCAAGACCGAGGGUAAGGAAGGUGACCCAUUUGCACUUCUUUCAGUGAUCAACGUUACAGACAAUACCGAUAAGCCAUGUAUAAAAGCAGUAGUGGACUAUUUGUUGGAAAAGACGAAGGGAGACAACGAGUUCAAUUUGAUCUUGAAGAAAUUGCUUGUGCCGCAGAAAACAACCAAGGACCAGACCAAGCAACUAAAAGUUGGCUGGAUCGUCAGUGAGCGGAUGAUCAACAUGCCUGUGGAGGUUGUCCCUCCCAUGUACAAGAUGCUUACGGAAGAAAUGGCGAAAGCUGAAGACGCUCAUGAGAAGUACGAGUUCGACUACUUCUUGAUCGUCUCCAAGAUCUACAAGAUGGUGAGCCCGACCGCCAAUGAAGACGAGGAGAGCGGGACGAAGAAAAAGAAGAAGGGGGGUGCUGAAGUUGAAGAGUUCGACUACUUCCACUACGAGGACAUUGUGUUGGAGGAGAACGCCAAAUACCACAAUCACUAUAAGUACACCAACCACUUGCAGGAGACCGAUCUGAGGAGAGUGUUUACUGAGUAUGGCAUUGACCCACGGUUAAGUGUGCUAUUAUUGGACAAGAAGGGGUUGACCAAGUCAAUUCCGGAAAUGGCAGAGAAGUUCCCACCUUUUUAG